CAUUCUAGGCCACUGAGAUGUAUAAAAGAUCUCCUUCAAGUUGUCGAGCCCCCAACCGCAGAAAUCGAACCUCUUUAAUCCACACUCAAUGUCUGCAAAUUGUGUUUUACCAUCUCAAGAAAUGUCACAAACCUUCAUCAGAAAUUUGACCUUUCAGACCGACGAUCUCGGCAGGGAAUCGACGCUUUUGCUCACUUUCGAUAGCUACACGGAAGGCAUCUAUGAUAAAUUCUAUCCCGUAGUUUGGAGAGUGAGCCCAUUCGGCAAGAGGGGUUCAUACAGCAUGGUCGCGACCUACACGAGCCAACUUGCUUUCCUCAAACCACAGGUCGUGGAGGGGAACAUUACUGAAGCUUCAACCUGCAUCGAGAUCAACUAUGGCCAAGCGACGACCCUGACUGAGGCGCAUGAUGUCUUCCAUUUCUCCGACCCUGUGCCUGGAAUCAAUGGUUGCGUAAGGGCUUGGAACAACACCGGGGUCGCUCAGGACAUUGCAGUCGGCUUUAUGAGCCCGGGAAAACUAAUGCCUAAGCCGGUGCUCCACUUUAGUGGCGUUGAACACCGCGGUAAAGUCACCGCUCAGUUCACUCCGAUCCUGCGCGCCUACAUCACCUCGGACUAUGAAGAGAAUACCAUCUUGCGAGGUGCCAUUGACACCCCUUGUCUCUGGAAGCAAGAUCUUGCUGCGCUUCAUGAAGAGAAUACGACGUGGAACCUCACACGGAACCCAUCCACUGGUCAUUACGAGAUCACGAGGGCUUAUUGAAGGAAUGUCAAAGUGGUGCGCCCGGAUAACUGUUCUCUGUUCUCUGUACAUGAGUUGUUUUGAUUGAAUAUUGAAUGCACACACGUAUUCGGAAUA